AUGCAGUCAUCCUGGAAAUCCUUCGCAACGUCCCUCCAGUCUGUCGCAGGCCAAGCCGCCUCGACCGUCCAGGGCGCGACGCAGAACAUCGACUUCAACACGACCGGCAAGAACUUGUCGAAGGGGUUCGCGACUUUUAGCCAGACGGUCAGGGAGAAGGCGGGACAGGUCAACGAGGACGAUGUGACUGAGCUGCCGCAGGAAUACCUCGACCUCGAGCGCCGCGUCGAUGGUCUCCGCCUCGCUCACCAGAAGCUCCUCCGCGUCGCGAAAGCCUACGAGGGCCACUACGACUACCCCGUCAACCUCGGCGAGUCGGCGACCGAGAUUGGAGGCUCUUUGGCGCACAACUUGAGUGCUUGGGCGGCUGCAGCGACCAAGGGUACUCACCUCCCUCAGCCUCAAGUUGCCGAGAAGCCCGUCGAAGUGCAAAAGACCCUUCCUCAUGCCCUCUCGCGCGCCGCCGCCUCCGGAGCCGUCGAAGUCGGCCCCGGCCGCCUCUCGAACGUCCUCAAGACGUACGCUGUCACGCAGGACAAGGUUGGUACUGCGAGGACGCGGAUGGACGAGGACAUCAGCAAGAACUUCCUUCAGCCGUGGUCUGCGACGCUCAACUCGUCGAUUCAGGCGGCGAUGAAGGCGAGGCAGAACGUUACCAAGGCGCGGGUCUCGCUCGACGCGACGCGCGCGCAGUUCAAGAAUGCGACGGGCCAGAAGCAGGAGCAGUCUCGCAUGGAAGUCGAGGCAGCCGAAGAGCACCUCGUCGAGGCGACCGAGCAAGCGAUCAACUUGAUGCGCUCCGUCCUCGAGAACCCCGAGCCAAUCAAGAACAUCCACGCGCUUCUCAAGGCGCAGCAGACGUUCUACGCCGAGGCGAGUGAGGCGCUCGCGAGCGUGUUGGGCGAGGUUGAGGAGGCGGGGACGCAGGCUGAGGCCGAGUGGAGGAAGUCGCGCGACCAGUAG